UCUACUGAGAUGGAUGAAAGGAUAUUGAGACGACACUUCAACGCAUAUGGUGAAAUUAAACAUGUUGUUGUCUACUUUAGCAAAGCCAUAGCUUUCGUUACUUUUGUUGAUCCUUCCAAGGCUCAAAUUGCCCUUCAACAACAACAACAUAUUAUUCUUGGUCGAAGAGUGGAGGUGAGACCAGCAAAACCGAAGGUAGAAAUAGGGAAGAGGAAGAUAUUUGUGGGAGGAUUGCCUCGAUCCAUAACAAAUGAAGAAUUCAAAGGAUAUUUCGAGAAAUUUGGAAGCAUUGUUGAUGCAGUGGUAAUCCAUGACAAAGAAACUAAGAGAAGCAGAGGGUUUGGGUUUGUGACAUAUGAAGCAGAGGAGUCAGCCAACCUUGUUUUGCGAACUAAUUUCCAUCUAUUAAACAACAAGAGAGUUGAAGUGAAGAAGGUGACUCCUAGGCAAGAGAUGGUGCCAAGCGGAUUUGAAUUUCCUCCUUAUUAUUACGAUCCAUAUUAUCAAACAUAUUUUUACGUCGUCUGGGUGCCCAUUCCUGGAUUUUACUGAGCCUCACUAUGAAAUUUUUGCGGAGAUAGUUUACAAACCGGAGCAGCAGAGGAAGGCAGACAUGAAGAGAUUUGUGAACCUUUUGUCAUAAGUGUUGCACACAUGUGUUUAAUUGUUUUUUUCAGUUUAAAUUUAAACAGGGGAGGGACCUGAAUCCUGAUUAUCGGGAACAUUGUUGUUUUUUUAUCUUUUUAAUUAUGUUGUUUUACUCUUUCAA